CCACCCCCCGUCACUGUGAACUCACUCACCUCACCGUCAAAUGUCAUCGCCUCGAUUGCCUCUUCUUCCUGUUGGAGCUGUGCGAGUUCUGAAGUGAAGCCUAGCCCGAAGUGUUGGGUUCUUCAAGUGUCAUAUCCUCCCCCGCUGCUCUUGCCGUCGUCUCUUUGUUUCCUCUUCCUCGUUUUCUUCUCUCCAAGCGGUGUCGAGUCCGUCUGUGUGUGCUUGGUGUCUGUUCCGUGUUCUUCCCUCUUGCAAGUCGGCAUCACCACCAGCGAUAGCACGCCCACCUUCCACCUUCACCCUCACUUCACCCUCAUCCAUACUCUUACACUUUCACCUUCACUCUUACUCUCACUCUUACUCUUACUUUUACUCUCACUCUCACUCUCACUCUCACUCUCUCGUCAGGAUCAAAACAUCUGCAUCCUUCGUCCUCUUCCCGAUUUCUUCUCUCCUCCAUCCUCCUCCCCAUCUUCCAUCUUCCACCUCCCAUCCUCGCCCAUCCCACCAUCCCACCCCCCGCCGCCCCCCCCCUGUUCCCUGCGACCGCCGCUAGUCCCAACUCUACCACCAGUUCCCCCUCGGGCCGCCAGAGAAUAACACGAGUCAUCAUGGAGCAGCAACAGCAGCAACAGCAGCAGCAGCAGCUGCAGCACCACCACCACCCCCACGACCAACAGGAUCAAAAAGAACGGCCGGCCGAGCUGAGCCGCGGGGUUUCUUCUACGGCUUCUUCUCCCACAACGUCAACGAUCCCCAAGCAUCUCAGCCAUACCGCCGUCAAUCCCGCGCCCAUCAACCCCGCGAACCCCGUGCUUAGAAGCAUCGCCCUCUCGGACGCCGUCACGCCGGGAAUCCACCAACACACGUACGUCUCGGGUGACAGUUCGCGGGCGCAGUCGCCCAGCUAUUUCCCGCGAAGCGACGCCGCCGCCGAAGGGCCGAGCUACUUUUCCCUUUCCGACCGCCGACGAGAUCCCCCAUCUCAAUCUCAAUCUGAAUCUCAACCUCAACCUCCCCAUUCUCUUCCUCUGUCUUCUCAGCAACAACAACAGCAACACCGAUACCCACAACCGCCAAACUCCAUCGACAUCAAUUCUUCCUCCUCCAAGCACCUCCCGCAGUCCCCCGGCCCCCUCACCGGCCGCGACAUCCUUAAGCGCAUGACGCUCGCAGCCAUGGGUCGCCGCGAGUCCCUGUCGCACAUCCGCGCCGCCAACCCGGAUCUGCAGCUGAGCGGUAACAUCAUCUCGGCCACCUUCAACAUCCCGCACUCGCUCAAGUAUCGCAAGGGAUCCGACUGGGAAUUGAAACCCCGUCGCGGCCAGUCGGCCCUCUUCGACUCCUUCGCCUACCUCUCGUCGGACGAAACGCCGUGGAACCACACCGUCGUCGCCUGGACCGGCGAGAUCGAUACCCCCAAAGACGUCCUCUCGCCCCCCGACACGCCGCCCGCGACCACCGUCCACUUCUCCUCCCUCAACACCCUCUCGGCCCCGAUCCCCAUUGACGGCGAUGCGCGUCUGCCCACGCCGCCCCCGAGCGAGGGUCUCUGGCUGCCCCGCGAAGACCAGGCCCGCCUCGAGGCCCAGCUGGCCCACAGCAAGACCAUCAAGACGGUGCCCGUCUGGCUCUGCGACGACAACGAACAGCAGGAGGAGGGCAUCCUGCUCAAGGACCAGAGCCGGUGGCGCCGCUACGCCGAGCACGACCUCUACACCCUCUUCCACUACAAGCAGCACGAGCCGACCGACGGCCGCAAGGAGCGUCUGCAGUGGGCCGACUACUACCGCAUGAACCAAAAGUUCGCCAACCGCAUCAUCGAGCUCUACAAGCCCGGCGACAUCGUCGUCGUCCACGACUACUACCUCAUGCUGCUGCCCAGCAUGCUGCGCCAGCGCGUCCCCAACAUGAACAUCUCCUUCUUCCUGCACUCGCCCUUCCCGAGUUCCGAGUUCCUGCGCUGCCUGCCUCGCCGCAAGGAGGUGCUCGAGGGCGUCCUGGGCUCCAACCUCGUCGGCUUCCAGUCCUACAGCUACUCGCGCCACUUCUCCAGCUGCUGCACCCGCGUCCUCGGCUUCCCCUCGGACAGCGGCGGCGUCGACGCCUACGGCGCCCGCGUCCAGGUUGGCGUCUUCCCCAUCGGCAUCAACGCCGACAAGUGCGAGAUGUACGCCUGGACCGACGCCGUCACGGAAAAGUACGACGCCCUCAAGAAGCUCUACGCCGGCAAGAAGAUCAUUGUCGGCCGCGACCGCCUCGACUCGGUCCGCGGUGUCGCCCAGAAGCUGCAGGCCUUUGAGCGCUUCCUCGAAAUGUACCCCGACUGGCGCGAGAAGGUGGUGCUGAUCCAGGUCACGUCGCCCACGAGCAUCGAGGAGGAGAAGGACGACGACCCCGAGAGCCGCAUCGCCACGCGCGUCAACGAGCUCGUCAUGCGCAUCAACGGCAUGUACGGCAGCCUCGGCUUCUCCCCCGUCCAGCACUACCCCCAGUACCUCAGCCAGGACGAGUACUUUGCCCUGCUGCGCGCCGCCGACAUUGGCCUCAUCACCUCGGUCCGCGACGGCAUGAACACGACGAGCAUGGAGUACGUCAUCUGCCAGCGCGAGGGCCACGGGCCCCUCAUCCUGUCCGAGUUCAGCGGCACCGCCGGCUCCCUCAAGGACGCCAUCCACAUCAACCCCUGGGACCUCUCGGGCGUCGCCGUCGAGAUCAACAACGCCCUCACCAUGUCCCCCGAGAAGCGCAUGGCCAUGCAGACGAGCCUCUACAACCACGUCACCACGCGCAACGUCCAGAGCUGGAUCGACCACUUUGUCCGCAAGCACGUCCACGUCCUCGGCACCCAGAAGAACGCCCACGCCACGCCCCUUUUGGACCGCGCCCUCAUGCUCAAGACGUACCGCGACGCCGGCAAGCGCCUCUUCAUGUUCGACUACGACGGCACCCUCACCCCCAUUGUCCGCGAGCCCAGCGCCGCCGUGCCCUCGGAGCGCGUCCUGCAGACGCUCAAGGCCCUCGCCAGCGACGAGAGGAACGCCGUCUGGAUCAUCUCGGGCCGCGACCAGGAGUUCCUGCAGCAGCACCUCGGCCACAUCCCCGGCAUCGGCUUCAGCGCCGAGCACGGCAGCUUCAUGAAGAACCCGGGCUCCGACGAAUGGGUCAACCUUGCCGACGAGUUCGACAUGGGCUGGCAGGCCGAGGUCAUGACCGUCUUCCAGUCCUUUACGGACCGCGUCCCGGGCUCUUUUGUUGAGCGCAAGCGAUGCGCCCUGACGUGGCACUACCGACUGGCCGAUCCCGAGCAGGGCAUGCACAUGGCGCGCGAGUGCCACAAGGAGCUCCAGGCCACCGUGGCCCAGAAAUGGGAUGUCGAGGUCAUGGAGGGCAAGGCCAACCUCGAGGUCAGGCCGACCUUCAUCAACAAGGGCGAGAUCGCCAAGCGGCUUGUCCACACGUACAACUCGGCGCCCGCGUCGGAGAAGCACCCCGGCCGCGUCGAGUUUGUGCUCUGCCUGGGCGACGACUUCACCGACGAGGACAUGUUCCGCGCCCUCAACGGCCUGUCGGGCAACGAGGUGGACAACGAGCACAUUUUCACCGUCACGGUCGGUGCGAGCACCAAGGUCACGCUGGCCAGGUGGCACUUGCUGGAGCCCGAGGACGUUGUCGAAUGCGUCGCGCUGCUCGUCGGUGUCGGUCUCGGCGGCGAGAGCUCUGAGCAUUUUGGCCAGGUCAACCUCGCCGCUCUGAGCACGGUCGAGGGACACAUCCCCGACUCGGAGAAGUGAAGUGACUCGGAGCAGACGAGAGCAGAUCUAAGCAAGUUGUGAUGGAGAGGGGGAUAGGGAAAUCACACAGCCGGGAGUAUGGGCAGAAAGGGCAUUUGUUUUUGUUUUUUUCUUUUUCUUUUUCUUGUUUUGUGAACUCUGUUACUCAAGCCGUCUGUUUUUUCCCCCUUCGAGUGUUCCACGGGUUUGACAGUCCGUCGUCGAGCAAAGGGCAGUUGACACACACGAGGCAUGAUGCAUAGCGGGAUGGCCCGAAGACAUAUAUUGGCCUAGAUGCAUAUAGACUACUACUUAUUACUCUUAUUUCCACUACAACAUAUGGCCAC